AUGUCCGUGGAUGAAACGCGCACUUUCAAGUCACGGAAGACAAAAGACCUAGCGUGGAGGAAAUGGCAGCUCAAGCAGUUGUGGUGGAUGAUCGAGGACAACGAGAAGGAGAUCAUGGCAGCAAUGGAACAAGAUCUAAAUAGAUCAAAUAUGGAGUCACUGAUAACUGACUUGGCCGGAGCUCGGAAGGAUAUUUUAACCCAUCUGGAUCAUAUUGAUCAAUGGACGGCAGAUGAGCCACUUGGAAACAGUUAUGUAGCGAGAAAACUCGGUCUUGCAAGGAUACGCAAAGAGCCCCUGGGCGUAGUGCUUAUUAUAGGUGCAUGGAAUUUUCCUCUGCUUCUUGUCCUGCAACCGCUUAUUGCAGCUAUAACAGCUGGUUGCUGCGCAAUUCUGAAACCAUCUGAACUCACUCCGGCUUGCAUGAACCUUCUCAAAAGUUUGGUAUCAGCCUACCUCGACAACAGCGCCAUUGAACUAGUUUGUGGCGGUGUAGCAGAGAUGACGCAGCUCCUAGAAUUCCGCUUCAAUCACAUCUUUUUUACAGGCUCUGCAACUGUUGGUCGUAUUAUUGGUGCGUCGGCUGCGAGGCAUUUGACUCCGGCAACUUUGGAAUUAGGAGGACAAUCUCCGGCCAUCGUGUGCAAGUCCGCAGACCUUGAUCUCGCAGCAAAAUGUAUAGCGUUUUCCAAAUUCCUUAACGCCGGGCAAAUAUGUUUAUCAGUCAAUCACGUCUUUGUCGAUCCAUCUGUGUAUUAUGAGUUUUCUCGGCGCCUGAAAUACUGGUUUCUCCAAUUCUUGAAUGGCCAAGAAACAAUUGAUACAGCAAUUGUGAAUAGCCAGCAUUUCGAUAGGCUUGCCAACCUUCUACGCAAUACGAAGGGGAUUAUCGCUUGCGGUGGAAGGGGGGAUCUUGAAUCACGGCGAAUGGAGCCGACUGUGGUACUAGACGUUGAUAUGGAUGACAUACUGUUGAGAGAAGAGAUAUUCGGUCCUAUAUGCCCCGUUUUAAAAAGUGACUAUCGCAGUGCCUAUAAUGUGAUCAAUCAGUACGUAUCGAAUGGCUACAUACUACUCCAAAAUACAAACAGUGGUGGCGUCACCGUUAACGAAGUGAUCCUGCACGCGGGCUUUCCUAACGCCCCUUUUGGCGGUGUUGGGGGUAGUGGUCAUGGUUACUACCACGACUUCUAUAUGAUAUAUGUGUUACCGUCUCAAUACACCGCCACGAUAAACACCAAAGCCUGCGAUUAA